AUGGAACGUUUGAAGCCCUUUGAAGAUCUGGAUAAAGAUUAUUACUUGGAUGAUCACGCUGGAUGGGGCAGUGAUGGUUACGAGAAUUGCGACAGUGACAGGUUAUUUGAUGCGUUAUGGUGUGAUUGUUUGAUCCUAGCAUGUUUACAAUUCUUGAAAGUGAUGUUUCUGCAUGUCUCUCAUCCCACUUCCCUAACCGGAAUGCAUUUCUGGGCAGCUUUUAAACUAAUUUACAUGGUCUGUGCUGAUCUGUUUCGCUUCUCCUCAACUGAUGAACCACGUGAAGAAAUGAAGUCGAAAUCCAGUGAUGUUCUUUGUCCUGAUUCAGGUAUUCAUCAAGAACAGUCGAACACCAUUCAAUCAAGCGACAUGGAUGAAUGCAAUGCGACUAUGAAGAAAGAUGAUGAUAUUGGCAGUAUUCAUCCUCUUGGCUUGAAAGCUGAAGAAACCUCCAAUAGAGAGAAAUGUCACACAAAAUGCAGCACUUCAGCGAAUGAAGUCACUGACAGUUCGAAUUCGAAGAAAACGGUAUGCUUCAAAGAAGGACCAGAUGAGGUAUUUGGUCACAAUGACGACAGCGUUGCGAUACCCGUUUUGAAUGAUAGUGCUGCAGAUGGAGCACUCCGUAAUACUGCUGAUGCAGAUUCCAGUUCCGCUUAUAACGACAAAAAUAAUCUGUUGAAAAAAUUAGCUGAUAAGGCGAUGAUGAAGAAUAAGAGGAAGAGACAAGAAGGUCAAAACAAGAAAGAAGUUGAGAAUGAUGAAGAUGUGCAAUUUUAUGAUCCAAAUGAAGAUGACGACAAUGAGCUUUGGGUAGAGGAGCAUCGUAAACGUUUGGGAAUGUUACCAAUAAGAUCGACACGGGACGAAUCGACUUCGAAAGAGCGAGAAAAGAAACUUGAUGAUGAUACAGAUGCGGUGUUGUCAUGUCCAGCUUGUCUGACUUUAUUAACUAGGCAAUGUCAAAGACAUGAAUUCUAUCGCGAUCAAUACAGAGCGGUAUUCGUUGAAAAUUGCAAGGUUAUCGGCGAAGAAUCGUUGUUUUUGCCCGAAAGUAGUGCGAGAAAACGAAAAGGAAAAGGCAAGGAAGCGACAAAGUGUACAGCAGAAGAACAACCGAAACCAUAUACGCUGGUAAGUUCAUCUGAAGCAGCUAAGCUUGGACGUGACGAUUUAUUUCAUCCAGUUCAGUGCGCGAUUUGUUCCACGGCAGUCGGUGUUUAUGAUGCAGAGGAAAUCUAUCAUUUCUUUAAUGUUCUUACUGGUUACGCAUGA